AUGAGGAUCGCAUUUCACCUUCUCAGCAUCGGAACUGCUCUAUGCUUAACCUCCUACGACCCCUAUGCUCAGACAGUAAAACAAGGUGGUCCAUAUGAUGGAAUUCUGGCUAAAGCGUCUCCAGAAGCGAUCAGAGCCUACACUCAAAUUGUUCAGGAUUUCUCACAAUCACUCAGCGACAUGCGGACUUCCCUUGAAAAAUGGGCGAAAACCUAUGGGCUUGAACAAGAAUUCAAGAAAUACGUUGCCGAAUCUGAGAAGGAGAGCGCUGAUUUUAAAAAAGCUGUCACUGAUCUGUUCCCGAAACUCACACAAUUCUUUAAUUCGUAUAUAAAAAUAGGAGAUGAUAAGAAACAAUCGAUUAUCAGCGCAAUCAGCAAAGCGGAUGUUUUGUCGAAAUCUCUGGAUGACAAACAAAAAACGAUUGUGGAAUUCAUAAUGAAAACGUACUUACCAUCCUUAAACAAAUCUACGCCCAAUAAUCAAGGAAAUGUAUGGGGAAACAACGGAGGAUAUUCUGGAAACAAUGGAGGAUUCGCCGGAAAUAAUGGAGGUUUUCCUGGGAACAGGGGAGGAUCUUUUGGGAAUAAUGGAGGAUUUCAAGGAAAUAAUGGAGGAUUCCCCGGAGCAAAUGGAGGAUUCCCCGGAACCAAUGGAGGAUUUCCAGGGAACAAUGCAGGAUCCCAGGGAAAUAACGGAAGAUUCCCAGGAAACAAUGGUGGAUUUCAAGGAAAUAAUGGAGGACCAUCAGGAAAUAAUGGAGGAUUCCCUUGGACUAAUGGAGGAUUUCAAGGGAACAGUGGAGGAUUUCAGGGAAACAACGGAGGUUUUCAAGGAAAUAAUGGUGGAUUUCCCGGAAAUAGUGGAGGAUUCGGUGGUAACAACGGACCAUUUAUAGGUGGAAACCAAGGCGGUUUCCAAGGGCCAACUGGUGGUUUCCAGGGAAAUACUGGGGGCUUCCCAAGCAACAACAACAACAACAACAACAAUGGUUAUCAAGGUGGUGGUGGUCAGCCUAAACAACCUAAUUUCGGAUCAAAUUCUGUGCAGGAUAACAGACAGCUUCGCUUCUGA